CAUAUGAUGAGGUGAGCUUUGCGAGACGCACGAGGAGGGAGUUCUAUACAGCAUAUCGCCAAGUAUCUUAAUUAUAGUCCAGUCGAGAUACCAGUGUGUGAAGUGUGGAGGUCUCUAUUAUUCUGCCGUCUGCUGAUCUCGUGCAACAAUGUAGCAGUAUUCUGUUUCGCUUCAUGAUACAAUUGUAUCCUCAGCAGCAACAAUCAUUUUGCCCGAACAGUAUAGAAAAUACGAGAACACUAAUCGCACUUUUAUUUGUAUUAUUUCGUUUUACGAUCAAUCUGCGCAUCCUUCCCUCAUCACUCCAGACAGUCCUUCUUGUGAGUCGGGGCAGGUGUAUGGAUGCGUCGUCCUAACAAGCAAGUGAUGCCGUGAACUGUCCUCUUCUCUUCAAAUAGGCUACCUUACAUUUUUUUUAAACUGGACAUGCUAUUUACCUAAAAGCCCGGGGCAUUUAAAGUUUGGUUUCCUGUUAAGGGGGGUCCGAGAUAGAGCCACACCCCUGGGUGUGGAACCAUAGAGUACAGAGAAGAGUACAGGCCAAGUUCCAAUCAACCCAACCGGUGGAUCUAGGUAGGUUGGUCCAGCCCAGGCUCCAGGCUAUGUCUCCCUGGCUGUGGGACAGCUAUUCCAUACUGAGUUGAGAGGGACCUGCCUGGCUGGGGACUACAGGAACAAACAUGGGGCUGGGACAAUCCAACAAGGCUUCCGUCACCGAUGACACAGAGGAGGUCAAUUUUGACCACUUCCAGAUCCUAAGGGCUAUCGGGAAAGGAAGUUUCGGGAAGGUGUGCAUUGUGCAGAAGAAGGACACAAAGAAAAUGUAUGCCAUGAAGUACAUGAACAAACUGAAGUGUGUGGAACGGAACGAGGUCCGCAAUGUUUUCAAGGAGAUGCAGAUCAUGCGGAACCUCGAGCAUCCUUUCCUUGUCAACUUCUGGUACUCGUUCCAGGAUGAAGAGGACAUGUUCAUGGUAGUGGAUCUGUUGCUUGGAGGAGACCUGCGCUACCACCUCCAGCAGAACGUUCACUUCUCAGAGAGCACUGUCAAGCUGUACGUCUGUGAGAACGCCCUGGCGCUGGGCUACCUCCGCAGCAAACGCAUCAUCCACAGAGACAUCAAACCUGACAACAUUCUGUUGGACGAACACGGACAUUGUCACCUGACGGACUUCAACAUCGCUGCCAUCGUCAAAGACGAUCUAAGAGCCACGUCUAUCGCAGGGACCAAACCAUACAUGGCCCCCGAGCUGUUCCAGCCACACGAGGGAAUACACCCUGGCUACUCCUUCUCUGUGGACUGGUGGUCUCUGGGCGUCACUGCCUACGAGCUUCUUCGAGGACAGAGGCCGUACGUCAUGCGCUCCAGCACGCCGGCCAAUGAGAUCCUCCAGAUGUUCCACAAGGUCAACCCCAGCUACCCCAUAGCCUGGUCAGUGGAGAUGAAGACCAUGCUCAGAAAGUUGCUGUGUAUUGACGUGCACCAGCGUGUGUCCUGCCUGGCUGAGCUGCAGGAUCUAGACCUGCUGUCUGAUGUCAACUGGGACGCUGUGCUCAGCAAACAGCUGCCCCCUGGCUUCAUCCCCAACAGGCGGAGGCUCAACUGCGACCCCACCUUUGAGCUGGAGGAGAUGAUCCUGGAGUCCAAACCGCUGCACAAGAAAAAGAAAAGACUAGCCAGGAAGACCAGAGAACAGGGCUCCAAUGGGUCCCCCCAGAACAGUCAGCUCCAGCAGCGCUUGAACAAUGUGGAGAGGGACUUCAUCAUCUUCAACAGAGAAAGGUCAAAGAAGGCUGUGACAGACACAGAGGUAGCAGACCUCACCACGACAGAGAAGAACAAGGCUAUUGAAGACGGACAGAACAACAACGUGGACCCGGCAGCCUACAUAUCAGGAUAGCGGACUAUGGCUUGAGCCGUAAGUCGCCGCGCUAACCUGGCCACAGCUUGUAGAUCACUACUAACCAAUCGUCCACUUCCCCUCUCCCCUGGCCGGCGCAGGGCACUCAGAUUGAACUUUAACCCUGACACAUUCCCCCAACAGCCAGACCCCAGACUUCAGGAGCUCACAUAGACUACUACUUAACAGAGUAGCUGACCUAGACAGACAGACAGACCCUGGCUCUUUUCACUUUUCCUAUGAUGGGAAACGUGCCUCUCAGUGGGCAGCCCUCCUCACACUCUACCCUGACCUGACCUGCCUGAUGCGCUAUGGUCCCCCAGAGCUCUCCUCCCUCCACCAAGUUAGCCAGGCCCAGGAAAUGACUUAACUACAAACCCAGCAGGGAGCAGAGCCAGACAGGAUACAGCCACUAUGCCUGUUAUGCUGAGGCUAGACUCAGGCCAGGCAGGAAAUGAAGCAUAAUGUUGACAAGUAGGAGACUACGUCUUUAGUGAAAACAGUGCUGACUUGCUUUUGGAAGAGAGAGGGGUUGUGAGUAGCGUGACACAAAAUGAAUUAGGAUUAGAGUAUGCGACAUGAGGCCUUUGUUUUCAAGACUCCAACCACAGAUUCCUCUUCGAAGACAAAAGAGAACCACUGUAGGCUUGAGCGCUAACUGCUGAAGGUAAUAUGUCUCUGUGACAUUAUUAGGCAUCAAUGUGGCUCUCAAGCAAACCAAAUUGACUGGUGCUCGACGUGGAUAUUUUGUACAUACAUCUUCAUUGAUGAAUAGAUAGGUAUUGUCUGUUCCGCGCACAAACAUGAUUUGCGUACGUUUCUCCAUUAGUGGUAGCAUUUAUGCACAGAGGUCAAAGAGGAGUAGAUGAAUCCUCAUUCUCUUCUGGUUUUUAGAGGGGUGCCUGUAGAGGAGAGUGGGGGAACUUGACCCAUUUGUUACAUUCAGCGUCAAGUCUGCCAAGGGAAACAUAGUAUUCUUUCCAAUAAAGAUAUCUACAUAUGUGUCAGGAUGUUGUGAAUCACUGCAAAUAAUCCAAAUUCAUGUCACACUUUUGAAAACGUAUCUUGUUAUAAAAUAAAAGUGGUCUCUUGGCACAACUUACCCCGGGGAAUGGGGUAAGUGGAUCCCCGGGACAGGUUGAGCAAGUUAAGCCGCCUACACAUUUCUGUGCUGAAUGAAAUAAUACCACUACCUUUUUAAAGACCAUGUCUAUCUUUAUUUCAAAAACACAAUCCAUCACAAUAACUUUUUUGUCUUUUAAUCAUUUUAAGGAUCUUUUUAUUAACACCUAACAACAACGUUUUACUUUUGUAAACACUUUUAACAUAGGCCAGGCCUUGUUGUUACCUCAUAUCCCAGUGAUAAUACCUUGCAUUAUGCCUUGGGGGGAAAAAAACACUUCAAUUUGAUCGACUUACCCGAUGGCCAUUGGCUCAACUUACUCCAAGGCAAACAUUUUGACUAUAUUAUCCCACACAGCUUCAAGAAUGCACUUUCAUGCUUGGUUUAGGACAUCAUUAUUGAAGCUUAUGGAGACCCCAACUCACGUAUAGAAACAUCUUUAAAUGAUCUACUUUGGUUUAUUUGUUCGUUUAUUUGGACAUAACUUGCUUACCACUUUUUUCCAUGUGGUUUCUUCCUUCACAGACUCCAUGAAACGAUGACUUCUUCCUAAAUAUUUGGCCAAAUGAUACAUUUUCUGUAUGGUUUCCUAGAAACAAGGGUGGCUCAAGUUUCCCCACUCUCCCCCAUGUGCCUUCUAACUUGUAUAUAGCACACACUGGGUUUCCCCGUGUAGAGAAUGAUCAUCAUACAGUCAGUUUGUUACACUGUAAAUCACCGUCCUCUAGUCUCUAAGUUUUAGAUGCACUAUUGUUAAGUGACUGUCCCACUGGAUGUCAUAAGGUGAAUGCACCAAUUUGUAAGUCGCUCUGGAUAAGAGCGUCUGCUAAAUGACUUAAAUGUAAUGUAAAUGUAGUCUAAUACGUGUUUUGGAAAAUAGCUUUGCCAUUAUUUUGACCCGAUCUGAAAUACAAUUCAAAACUUAUCCAAGUCUUUUCCUGUCCAUAGUUAUCAGAUCUACUACUGGGACCUUUCUAACAACCCUUAUUGGUACAGAUAUUCAAACUAGCAUUAGGUUUUCCAGAAAUUUAUGUAAUUCAAUUGCACAAUGAAAGCCUUAAUUUCGUACGUUUCUUUGGGAUACCGACCUUUACCACUGCUUUGUGCUUUUUAUUACAUCGCCAGAUUAAUGUGGCCUUUCGUGGAUUUGGCAACAGUUGGAGGCAUUGGUUAAAAAGACCGACAAAACAUAGUUGUGAAAGAGAUGAGCAAACUGCCUUGGCGUAUACCACAUAGUCACUGAGAGUAGAGCCUUUAUAUCUUUCAGACCUAUUACCUGGAGCUGUGCCUCUCUAUAUGGUUUCUUAACUUAAAGGUCUAGUGCAGUCAAAAACACGAUUUCCCUGUGUUUUAUGUAUAUACUUCCACACUACGAAAUUGGAAUAAUACUGUGAAAUUGUGAUAAUUAUGAUACGUCCCUUUUAGUGUUAAGAGCGGUUUGAAAAGACCGCCUGAAAUGUCAUCCUUUUUUUGUGGGAUGGAGGUUUGGCCUUCCAUGGUGACAUCACCAUGUGGUAAAUUAGUUAAUAGACCAGUAAGAAAGAUUGUUCCCGAACCUCUCUGGCAAUAAUAGGUCAUUUUCAGUUUCCCCCUCUCCAUUCAGAACACUCCAAGACAGUCCUAGCUAUAAUUCUUGCAUGAGAAAUUGAACUCCGCUUUUGUUUCUUGUUGACUAUUUGAAAUGAAAACAAUCACACUGAGAUACUUCAUUGUUACCCAAAAGUCCUGUAGUUGUAGGCCUGUCUGGCUCUUCCUAGGGGGGAAGUCAAAAGCAUAUCAAUCACACUACUGACUCUGAGUGGGAAUCACCAUCUCCUGGAACACCCUCCUGACAUCAGAGAGAGAGAGAGAGAGAGAGAGAGAGAGAGAGAGAGAG